GAGUCUCUCCAUCUUCUACUCUCUCUCUCUCUCUCUCUCUCUCUCUCUCUCUCUCUUCCUCGUCCUCUUCCAAUGGCGUUCUUCUCCUCCUACGCCUCUCGAUCCCUACUUCGCCGCCUCCCCAAGCUCCUCCGCCCCUCCCCUCUCCGGCGAUCCCUCUGCGCCGCCGCGGCGGGGGUGGAGCGGGGCGGCGGCGGCGGCGCCUCCUCCGCCGCAGGGUUCUUCGUCGACGGAGCCCCCUCCUCCAUGCGCGGGGUCGUGUUCUGGGAGCCCGGGAGACCCCUCGCAGUCGAGGAGUUCCGCAUGCCCCGCCCCAAGGCCGGGGAGCUCCUCAUCAGGACCAAAGCCUGUGGCGUUUGUCACUCCGAUCUUCAUGUCAUGAAAGGUGAACUCCCAUUCGCAAGUCCUUGUGUUGUGGGGCAUGAAAUAACCGGAGAGGUUGUUGAGUAUGGUGCACACACUGAUAAUCGGAUUAAAGAGAGGUUUCCUAUUGGGAGUCAUGUAGUUGGUGCUUUCAUAAUGCCUUGUGGCAAUUGCUUUUACUGUGUUAAGGGACAAGAAGAUCUAUGUGAGGCCUUCUUCGCAUAUAAUCGUGCCAAAGGGACACUCUAUGAUGGCGAAACACGACUUUUUCUACGCAGCAAUGGAAAGCCGGUGUACAUGUACAGUAUGGGUGGACUUGCUGAGUACUGUGUUGUGCCUGCCAAUGCAUUGGCAGUUCUUCCUAACUCACUGCCAUAUACAGAAUCAGCGAUUCUAGGAUGUGCAGUCUUUACUGCUUAUGGUGCCAUGAGGCACGCUGCCGAGAUGCGUGCUGGGGAUUCAGUUGCCGUAAUUGGAGUUGGUGGGGUCGGAUCGAGUUGUCUACAGAUAGCCCGAGCCUUUGGAGCUUCUGAAGUCAUAGCAGUCGACAUCUCGGAUGAAAAGCUCCAAAAUGCCACAACGCUUGGCGCUACCCAUACAAUAAAUGCACAAAAAGAAGAUGCUGUUGAAAGAAUCCAGGAAAUUACCGGGGGGAGGGGUGUAGAUGUGGCUGUAGAAGCAUUAGGGAAGCCGCAGACAUUUAUGCAAUGCACGAAAAGCGUGUGUGAUGGAGGAAAAGCUGUUAUGAUCGGCCUUGCUUCGACAAACGUGAUGGGCGAGGUGGAUAUUACUCGUCUUGUUCGAAGACAGAUAAAAAUCAUCGGUUCAUAUGGUGCGAGGGCGAGGCAAGAUCUUCCCCAGGUGGUGAAGCUUGCAGAGACGGGCAUCUUCAACCUUCAAAAAUCCGUCUCGAGAAAAUGCAAAUUCGAGGAGGCAAAUAGCGCGUAUGAAGAUCUCGACCGCGGAAAGAUCAUCGGCCGAGCAGUGGUCGAGAUCAUGUAGUCCACAAUAAUAUUUAUUCGAUAUCUGUGUAAUUUUAGAAUUAGGGCCUGUUGGAAUGUCGGAAUAAGUUAUAGCGGGAUAAUUUGUGUUGGAUGGGGGUUUGGUUUCAGCGAAUGACGCAGAAGUUUUUCGACUUUAGUUAUCGAAAGGCCCGAAUAAUCAUUAUAUCUCAAUAUAGUGCAUUUUACAUACAAGGUGUUUUAUCUAAA